AUGGCACCUUACUAUCAUGGCCUACUCGCAUUUCUCUUCCGGCAACUUUUCUACAGAAUUCCUGAAGUUGCACCUCUCGAUCUCCAUGGAAAAGCCGUUCUUUUGACAGGGGCAAACUCCGGGAUUGGUCUUUCUCUAGCAAUGAUGCUUGCAUCACAGGGUGCUGAAGUGAUCACCGCCGUCCGAUCCAUAACCAAGGGCGAAGCUGCUCGACAGGAGAUUCUUCGAGCUCUUCCAACGGCCAAUAUUGAGGUUCGACAGUGUGACCUAGCGUCGUUCGACUCAGUCAGAAGCUUUGUAGGGCAGCUGAAAGAUGAAUCCAAGACCUUCGAUUUGGUCAUUCUCAAUGCCGGCGUCUGGUGUUCACAAUGGAUGGCGUCAGCGGAUGGGUUUGACAUUUCUCUCCAAGUGAAUGUGCUCUCGAACGCACUUAUGGCUAUGUCGCUUCUUCCGUGCCUCCGUUAUCAGAACGGCCCACCACGCAUAGUCUUUGUGACAUCCGAGGGUCACGCUAUGGUCCCAACGCCAUUUGCACAACACGGCAGGAUGUUGGACUUUUUCAACCAGAAAGCCCAAGCAUUCGAUCAUUACACCCACUACUACACGUCCAAACUGUUUGAGCUUCUCUUGGCCCAGGCUAUGUCUCGGCGUAUUGACCCGGGAAAGCUCUCAAUCGCUUUGGUUUCUCCGGGACUCUGCAAGAGUGAAUUGUUCCGCAAUGUAAGGUCUGCACCAGCAGAUCUCUUGGCGCGCUGCUUUGCUCGGACCUGCGACGCCGGGGCGCGAAUGAUAAUAAUGGCCUCUGUCACUCAGACGGAAAGUCCUCCCGACACAUACUUCAGCCAGGGGGGUCAAGUACCUGUUUCCACAUUUGCCUCCAGCCCAGAAGGCGUUUUAUGCCAAGAGAGACUCUGGGAGGAGAUAAUGAGCAUCCUGGAUAGUGUAGACCCUGAUCUGGAGUCUCACUUGCAUCUGGUUAGUUGA